AUGCAAAACAAUUCCGCACAGAAUAGGACAAAAGAGAUAGAGAGCAGAUCGAGAAUUAGUGAGUCAAGUUCUAUUUUCGGGAAGUAUUUUUACUUUUCCAGUUGCGGAAAGAAUAAGCGACAGUGUUCGUUUGCUGGACAAUGAACCGUCGUUAGCACUCUAUCGGCUUCAGGAGCACGCAUUCAGAAGCCUUCCCGGACUUGUCAAUCGGCGAAUUUUGCUAACCCAACAGUCUGCCACACUUUCUGGAGCACAGUUUGAUCUGGAAAACACUCUCGAGUACGUUCAAAUGUUUCCUUUCUCCUUUUUAGUUAAAAUAGUUUCCUAUAUUUCCAGCACAACAGCAAACAUGCAAAAAGCGACGACGUCGUUCGAUAAUUGCAUAGAAAUGCUCAGAAAUUGCAUGUUCUACAAACAGCAAUUGGAUUUUGAUUCGUCACGAAAAGCGUCUGAUAUGAGUGUGAAAGGGCGCAGCAAGUCGCUGCACAAUGUGGCAACGAGAGCCAACUCGGAUGCGGAUUCUUGA